UCCCCGUCUCUCCUCUCAGAUCCUCUCAUCCAGGAGCGAUUCGGAGACAAUAGGACUGGAACUAAAGAAGCCUGCGAAAGGGCUAGCGGUCGGCCGAACAAGGAGCAUUUACCGCUAGACCAGGUGUCAAUAGCACAAUAAGGAGAAUUUGAAUGCCGACGGCAAAGAUACAUUUUUACAUCAAACCGUAAAGCUAUGCGCCACUGUCAUCCUCACGAUUUGUUAUUUUUUUAUCUGCCUUGACUUGGCUGACUUCAGAGCCCUUGCAUGUUGGACGGAUUGAAUGUGACACAAGCCGUUAGCCACCACUCUUGUCCUGCCCGUGAGUCCGUCCCCUAAACCUGUCCCCCUGUUCUUGUCCGUCCCCUAACCCGGUCCCCAGUAUGAGUUCGUCUCCGCUGGGUUCCCGUGGCAACAUGGACAUUCUGGAGGAGCUGCAGCUGAUCGCAGCACAGAACCUGGAGAGGUUAGAGGUCAACAAGUAUUAUGAGGUCAUCAGGGAGCUUGGCAAGGGCACUUACGGCAAGGUGGACCUGGUCAUACACAAGAUCAGAGGCACCAAGAUGGCCCUGAAGUUCCUGAGGAAGAAGACGACCAAGCUGAAGUCGUUCCUGAGGGAGUACAGCAUCUCUCUCUACCUCUCCCCCUGUCCCUUCAUCAUUAACAUGUUUGGGAUCGCCUUCGAGACUGACGACUACUACGUGUUCGCCCAGGAGUAUGCCCUGUCCGGGGAUCUCUUCGACAUCAUCCCUCCACAGGUGGGUCUCCCGGAGACGGUUGCUAAGCGCUGUGUGCACCAGGUUGCCAUCGCCCUGGACUACCUUCACUGUAAGAAGUUGGUGCACCGUGACGUCAAGCCCGAGAACAUCCUCAUCUUUGACCGCGAGUGCCGCAAGGUCAAACUGUCCGACUUCGGCAUGACGCGCCGCGCCGGCUCGCCGGUCAAACGGGUGAGCGGUACCAUCCCGUACACGGCUCCGGAGCUGUGCGACACGUCUCGCCACGAGGGCUUCUGCGUGGACUACAGCACGGAUGUGUGGGCCUUUGGCGUCCUCCUCUUCUGCAUGUUGACCGGUAACUUCCCCUGGGAGAAGGCCCUGCCCUCCGACUCCUUCUACCAGGAGUUCACACGCUGGCAGAGACGGCGCACGGGCACCGUGCCCUCGCAGUGGCGCCGCUUCACAGAGCAGGCGCUCCGCAUGUUCCGCAGGCUCCUCUCUGUGGAGCAGGACCGACGCUGCUCCGUCAAAGAGGUGUUUGGCUACUUCAGCCACAGCUGGAUGCUGGAUGGAGACAGCAACGGGAACGGAGGAGGGGGCGGAGAGAGAGAGAGGGAGGGAGGAGGAGUGAGGGUGGAGGGAGACGGGAGCAGUACAUCGUCCUCGUCUGGAGAAGAGGAUGAGGAGAUGCUGGUUGAGAGGAUGAAGCAGCAGACUCUGUCUCCUCUCUCUCCUCCGGUGGCUGUGGAGAGGGGCACUGGGGGGACAAAGGCAGGGAUCACGGAGUCAGGUGGAGGACGCCAUUUUGUGUCUGUUUCUACCACCAGCUCUGUGCCCUCGACUAACAGCUAUGACCGCAUGCCCAGAGACAGCAACAGCAACCAGCCCCCCGGACGCAUACUGACGGCUACGCCUAUAGAGAUCUGUGUCUGAGAUGUGUGACGGGCCUGGGAAGGACUGAGAUACUGUGUACAGUACACAGACGUGCACACAGACACCUACACUCAUAUACACACACAUAUCCAUACACUGAAAUCAGUGGAGGCUGUUGAGGGGAGAACGGCUCAUAAUAAUGUCUGGGAUGGAGUACAUGGACUGGUAUCGACAACAUGGUUUUCAUGGGUUUGAUACUGUUCCAUUCACUCCAUUCCAGACAUUAUCAUGAGCAUUUUGCAAAGUGAAAAGGGAGCAACUCAAGACAUUACUGAUGAUUCCCGUCGGGGUCUAAAAUGAUCCAGUCAGAGAUCUGUCGUUCUACAGACACAACUAAUCUUUAUAGAGACUGCAAAGACUCAAUGAACUACAUACUGAACGAUCAGCCAACCAACCAACCGACAGAUGGACAGACCAACCAACCAUGGCGAGGUUGAAAAACACAUUGUGAUAUGAAAUGCUGGUAUUCAGAUGAAGAUAUAAUAUAUUUCCCCCUAAAAAAAGACUACAGAAGUGAUGUGCGGGAACCAUUUAUGGCAAAAAGAGAUGGAGAAAAGAGAGGGAUGUUCUUUUGGUUGAAGCUGAUAGAAUUGCCGCCUCAAUGAAAGAAUAUCAUCAAAAUUAAACAGCAGUUUUAUGUUUACUGUAAUGCAAUGUGAA